CUCCCUCAUCUUCCCUCCUCUCAAUCUCCAUUUUCUCCCCACAGUAAUCAGUCCUCUCUCGUCUCCCUCUCGUCUCCGAUUAAGGAAAUCGCGCCUUCCUUCCUCAUUUCCGAUUAAGGAUUACGACUAAGGAUUCGCAGAGCAGGACAGGGCACAGGUAGGGGUCAAGGAUUAGACGAGGGCAACCUGGAGGACAGUGAAGCGUGACGCUAGUGGAUGGCCUGAAGCUGCUUGUUCUAAAUUAAUUAUAUUUUGACAAAUUUGUUUAUUUAAAUUACAAGGAUGCUGGAUAUUGUUUUAAAGGCUUCCGCAACGUUUCAGUUAUUUACUCCGAUUAAAUGAUGAAUUAUUUUUCAAUAAAUAUGAAUGUUUUUUUAUUUCUAAGUGUUUUUAAUAUAUUAUGCAUGUGAAUACCAAAUUAGAAACAACCCGAUUCGAUAACUCGUUGGUUCGGGUUACGCGGGUUGGGGUGUUACAGGAUGGGAAUCGGAGGAGAUGGACGGAAGGGAUGAGAAGAAGCCGGUGGGGAUGGGGAGAAGGAGGAGGCAUCGCCGGUGGGGAUGAGGAGAGCCGGCAGAUGGAGACGGACGACUGGAGAGGAGGGAGACGGACGGCUGGGAGGAUGAUGAGAAGCCGGUGGAGGGAGAGAGGAGUCCCCGGCGGUGGUGGAGGCUCCGGCGGUAGAGGGUCGCGCAUAGGGCCGGACGGAGAUAUUGGGAAGGGAGGCAGAUGGGUAGGGAUCAAAGUUGCCAUCGCCAUUCUUGAGAUCGUCUCAUCAUCAUCAGCUCCCUCUCCACACUCAGAAUCUCGGCAUCUCAACAUCUCCACUCGGCAUCUAGGGAUUGGGGUUGCAAGAAGGACGUCAGUCGGAGUAAUAAGGUCGCUGGUAUGUGACUCGAAGUCUAAAUACCUUCACGGAAUUGGAGAUGAUGAUGAGCUUCAUUAGUCUCUACCUUCAAUCGGAAAUUGGAAAACUAUAGGCGUCUAGAGUUUUUUUUCAAUUAUUUUUUAAUCAGAAUUCAGUCCUUUUUCGAUUGGUUAUUCAAUCUGUUACUCAUCAGUUGUUUUUUAUUUGGCCAAAUUUACAUGCCGCUUCAUUAGCAGUUGUGCUUUUUGAUCGGGCCACACAUGUUAAUUG